UGGAAAUCUAUGUGUUUAUCACAUUUUUUGUGUCGACACUGAAACUAGUGCCCAUGAACCAAUUGGUGCAGGACAAAAUAUGCCUUUUCAAGUACAAACUCAACUCAACCUACUGUACCGACUUGUCCACUAUGGAGGACGACUACCUUCACAAGAAAUCCGAUAUAUUAGCCGAUGGGACGACAUACACAAUGUAUUACACAAUAAUACUGACCAUACCGUCGGUGAUCGCCACCCUGUUCAUCGGCUCGUGGACUGACACUUACCUUAAGGCUAAGAAAAUCUUAUUAAUCGGUGGCGCUAUUGGAUGCGUAUUAGAGAUGUUGGUAUUUAUACUCAAUGAUGUCAUGUUUGAUAGCACCUACUAUUGUGUGUUACUAUCGAUAGCGCCGACACUAGUGACAGCGGGUCUGUUAGGCCAACUGUCGGCCAUUUGGUCGUACAUCGCGUCCACCACUCCAUCGCAUAUGAGGGCUAUUAGGAUGACAAUGACUGAGAUUGUUAUUGGCACCGGCCAACCCCUGGGGACGUACGUAGCGGGACUUAUACUAAAUACGGACCCAUGGAUCAAAGGCAAGGGACAGUUACACAACUACUCGGCCUCAUUCGCAUUGGGCGGCAUGUGUUUCAUAGUGGCCCUCAUUUUCGCCAUAUUUUUCAUCGACGAAAAGCGCGACAUAAAGGACUGGGAGAAGCGAUUCAACGCCGAGUCCGACCCCGAGAAAGACAGUAUAGUAUCCGUCGACGAUAGGGUGCACCAGAAGCUGAAAAAGUUUUCAGACCACAAACACAUACAUCCCAUGAAACUGUUGUUCAACAUCAAUAAUGUCAAAGAGAUGUGGAGGACGUGUAGUAAGAAACGGGAUAAAAGUGUGAGACGACAAAUAUGGCUACUGUUCCUGGCUGAUGCCAUCUACCUGUUGGAACACGUGGGGCCCAUCAUAUUCAUGUUCCAGUUCUCGCAAAAGGUCUAUGAAUGGGACUCAGCCACUUAUAGCAAUGGAUCCACUAUUGAAAAGAUAUCGCAAACUGUGGCCACAAUGAUAUUUGGAGCCAUACUUCUUAAGGUCAUAAAAGUGAAUGACAUGACCCUAACAAUGGUAGGGUUGGGCUCAUACUUCUCGCUGAACCUAAUCCGUGGCGUAGUUUUGUCUGCCGAUGGUUUCUACUACUCACUAAUACCCGGAUCAUUAGGGGGUUUGGCGGCGGUGGGCAUUCGGUCUCACUUUUCCAAAAUCAUAAAACCCCACGAAUUGGGGAAAGUGUUCAGCAGUUUGGCCUGUAUUGAGACGAUUACCCCGCUAUUCGCCGCCGGACUAAUCAACAACAAAGUAAUGGUAAAGGAGUUG